UAUAAAAAUUGGCAGAUCCACUGUAUGUGCGUCUCAUUCCCAUAGUGCAGGCAGUUGACUGAAGAUCUAAGGUAGAGCCGUACACCAAAAAAAAAGAUGGAUGUCAAAAAUUAUUUAACUUCUGUGGCAGUUUUCGUUUCCCUGAUUUUCACAGCCCAAUGUCAAAUGUUUGAGCUCUCGCCUUUAGAUAUGAUGCAACUACAGUCAGCUGUCCGGCAAAUAGUGCAUCCAAAUGCUCAACCUACACCAGAAAUAAUGGCCAUUGCAACCAGACAAGGUGCACCUCCCACGACUAUAGCUCAGAUGCUCGAGUACACACCUUUCCUCGUCAACCUAGCAAUGCAGAUGGGAGUUCGACCCCCAGGGAGCAACGGUACUGUUACCCAUGAAGCACUCAGAAACUAUAUCAUUGCUAGGGGAAAUCAAUGGAUGCAACAGCAAGGAGCUUUAGCUGGUAUGACAGGUGGGAGGAUGGGACUUGGGACAGAGAACACAGGUUUUGGAGGUAUGGGUUCAGCGCUGGUACCAACUCGCACAGCAACACCAGUGCAACCUCUUGGAGCUUUGUCUGGUCAACGAAUGAGUGCUGCACCUAUGGGAGGUUUUGGGUUCAAUCCAAUGUCAUUAAUGUUUCUGGAUGGAGGACUCGAUAUACAUCCUAUGACUAUGAUGGGAUCAAUGGGUGCCGGAAAUCCAUUCUCCAUGAUGUAUCUUAUGCAAAAUAUGUAAUGAACUUUCUAAUUUACUUUGUAUCAUUAAAGUUAUCUAUAAA